AUGGCGGGUCCGGUGGGUGUCGCUGCCACCCUCUAUCGCAUUUCCGCCACACCGGUGCGCUACGCUGUGGUGGACAGCAAGCAGAUGAAGGAGAACGCUCGCGCCGAGACGCUCGAGGCCAUGUGCGCGGAGCUGAGCGACUCAGGCGUUGAAGGCUUCAUGGGGACUACUGCGAGGGAUGGCGCGUGCUGCCUCGUGCGGUAUCAGCGGCGCAAGCCACUGCAAGCAGUGGCUGCGGCUCUCGUCGACGUUUCUGUCAUCAACGAGCGCAACAUCCUUAAUGCCACGCUGGAGGGGAUGUCUGCAGUGUGUGACGCCAUCGUGCGCUCGUACAAUGCAAUGAGUGGGCUCAGCAUCCUCACUCCGCUGACCUGCGCGAUUCUCAUUGACGGCAAUCGAGUGCCGUGGACGUUCCUGUCCGGCGAGGAGCGACAGCGAGUGCGCGUACAGGCGGUGCGAAAGGUUGAGGCUCGUAAGCGGAUAGGCAUCGAAUACCCUGCUUUGGAUGGGUUCGGCUGCACGACUGUGGUCAAGGGUGAUGCCACGCUUCUGUCCAUAGCGGCUGCAUCGAUUGUGGCCAAGGUUGCAAGGGACGCGUACGCGGUGUCUGUCAUGCAUCGCGCGUUCCCCCAGUACGGUUUUGACCACCACAAAGGCUACUGCACCGCGGCGCACAAGGCGGAGCUUGCGAGAUGGGGCCCAAGCCCUUUUCACCGCCUCGACUACGCGCCCGUCAAAGGCAGUCUUGAGGGCCAAAGCGGCGGCGCAAAACGCACCCCUGCAUCGCUCAGGGGGCCCGCGAUGUGA